ACAUUGUUUUAUUAAUCCAAAAAAAAACCGCACCCAAAAAAUAACAAAAAAUGAACAAGUUACUUUUGUCAUUAAUUUUCUGCUCAAUCUCUAUUUAUUCAGUGACAUCAAUAAAAUGUUAUGUUUGUAAUUCAACCGAUACUUCACAACCUUUUCAAUGCAGUGAAUGGUUUGAACGUUAUGAUCGUCCAGACAUUCAGCCUGUAGAUUGCUCUGCAGUACAUGGUGCAAAAUACUGCAUCAAACAUAUUGGACGAUUUGAAGGUGGCAUCGGAGCAAUUAGAUAUUGCUCUUCAAGAGAUUUGGGCAACUAUUGUAACGAUGUUAAGAAUAAAGGAGAUGAGCUAGAAUAUCGAUCUUGCAUUUUUACAUGUGAAACAGAUGGAUGUAACACAAGUUCAUUUAUUAAGAUCCCAUUAGGCUUGUUACUAACAAUGUCAGAAACAACAAAAACAAAAUCAGAAAUGCAUCAAAACAACAAUAAUAAUAAUUCGUCUAUCCAGUUAAAUAGUUUAACACGUCAAAAUUUGGUCAACUCUUCUAAAAGCUCCACACAGGUUUUAAACAGCUCAUCAGCCUCAUCGUCUUCUUCUCGCAUUGCAAAGACAACAUCUUCACAACGUCUCCAUCAUAUUACAUCUAGUAGUUCAACAUCUUCAACGCAAUCACAAACGAUUUCAUCUGGCAAUGUUGGCAGCGUGGUGGUGAAUCCACAUGUUUUACAGCGGGAUCUAAAUGAAUUUAAGAACUCUAUGAGUGAGAUUAACAAUCUUGCAUCGAGAUCCACAAUGACAAAUAUUCAAAAUAAAAUUCGGUCUUCCCUUGAAAAUCUUGUAGACGACUCCGAGCCAGUUGUUACUUUCCCAGAUGAAAAUAAAGUAAAUGAAUUGCAUAGCGAUUUAACUUCAGAUGAAAAUCUUGAAAACACUCGAUUAUCCUUAGUAGAUAGAAUGAAAUAUGAAGAAAAACGUACAAUGAAUACUUCAAAAACCAAGUUUUUAUCAAAUGGAUUUAGUAGUGAGCAAGCAAUGACAAAUGCAGCAGAGAUGAAGAAAUUACAAACAAAUGAUUUAGAAUUUAAAGAAGCAAAAGCAAUUACAGCUGUAAAAAAUCGAUUUGAAAUGGAUGGAUUAAAAACGGAGGAGGCAAAUGCUGUGGUGCAGCCCUGGAAAGUAAGGAAGGGCAUAUUUAAGUCUACAGGCACAUCAGAUUAUGAAUUACCAAAACGAGACACACCCAGUCCCAUUGUAGAAAUGCCAUUAUCUCCACCGCCCUCUAAAACAAUAAAAAAUCCUUUAUCUCCAGUUUCUACACAUAUUACUAUAAUUGAAAGUCCUUUAACAUUUUCACCUACAAAUUCUUCAACUCUCCAACCAAUUUUACAUAGGACAAUACGCGAAAUACCAAUUGAUAGAAGUGAUGAGGAAGCACGUUCAAUUAAAGCAGGAGACUUUCAACAAAAGGAUUCAAAUAAUAUUGAGGCAUUGAGUUUUAAAGUUCAACAUGAACAAUUUAGUGCAGAGAAAAGAGCUAUGAAGCAAGCUCAACAAAGUCAAACAAAAACUUCGGCAGGAAUUUAUAAUCAAGAACAAAUACAUCAUAAAUCACAGAUGUCGUAUAACAGUAGCAGUAUGAUAAGCCAGUCUUCUCAAUACAGUACUUCAACUAACAACGGUUCAUGGGAUCUCGAAAUGUCACAAAAUUUUGAUGAUCUAGAAAACUUGUCUUCAACAAGCAAUCCAUUAGAUGUUGAGCAAGCAAUUUUAAAGUAUUCGCAACAUGUGAACAUGUGUGUAAGACAAUUAUGCUUUAUCGGAAAGGCAUCUGAAGCUUUAGAGAAACUAAAUGAAAUUGUUCGUAGAGCGUGGGCAGUUCCAACUCAUGGUCAUGAACUUGGUGCAAGCUUAUGCAAUGCACUCAAACAAAACGGUGGAUUAGAUAUUUUGAUGAAAAACUGUAUGGAAGGAGACGAAGAUCUUCAAUUUUCUUCAGCACGUUUACUUGAGCAAUGCUUAACAACAGAAAACAGAGCUCACGUUGUAGAGAAUGGACUUGAAAAAGUAGUCAAUGUAGCUUGUGUUUGUACUAGAAACUCACAGACAGCGAGUGAUCAAUUAAAUCGAUCUCGAGUAGGAACAGGAAUCUUGGAACAUCUUUUUAAACACAGUGAAGGGACUUGUUCGGACGUAAUCAGAUUAGGUGGUCUUGAUGCAGUGUUGUUUGAAUGCAGAAAAAAUGAUAUUGAGACAUUGAGACAUUGUGCAACAGCCUUAGCUAACUUAUCUCUCUAUGGAGGUGCAGAAAAUCAGGAAGCAAUGAUAAACAAAAAAGUUCCAAUGUGGCUUUUUCCAUUAGCGUUCCAUGACGAUGAUAAUAUUAAAUAUUAUGCAUGUUUGGCAAUUGCAGUUCUUGUUGCUAAUAAAGAAAUUGAAGCAGAAGUAUUGAAAUCUGGAACUUUGGAUUUGGUAGAACCAUUUGUGUUAUCUCAUAAUCCGUAUGAGUUUGCGAAAUCCAGUUUAUCACAUGUGCAUGGCCAAAGUAAACAUUGGCUUCAAAGAUUGGUUCCUGUUUUAAGUUCAAAGCGCGAAGAAGCAAGAAAUUUGGCUAGCUUUCAUUUUUGUAUGGAAGCAGGAAUAAAAAGACAGCAAGGUAAUACUGAAAUUUUUCGCGAAAUCGGAGCUAUAGAGCCCCUUAAAAAGGUUGCUAGUUGUCCAAAUGCGAUUGCAUCUAAAUUUGCAGCACAAGCAUUAAGAUUAAUAGGAGAGACUGUUCCUCAUAAACUUUCUCAGCAAGUGCCAUUAUGGUCUAUUGAAGACGUACGUGAAUGGGUUAAACAAAUAGGAUUUGGUGAAUAUGAACACAGCUUUUUUGACGCUAAAGUAGAUGGUGAUCUCCUGUUGCAGUUAACAGAAGAAAAUUUGCGAGAAGAUUUGGGUAUUAAGAAUGGGAUCCGAAGGAAAAGAUUUGAGAGAGAGCUUCAAAAUUUGAAGAAAAUGGCAGAUUACUCAUCAAGAGAUACAAGUAACAUUAAUAAUUUUCUUCUGUCAAUCGGUCCCGAAUAUUCAAUUUAUACUUACUCUAUGGUUAAUGCUGGAGUUGAUAAAGAAUCCCUUCGAUCACUCAAUGAUGAUCAAUUGAUUGCAGAAUGCAGCAUAACGAACUCAAUUCAUCGAUCGAGAAUUUUAAAUGCGUUAUCAUUAAUGGGAAAUACAUCAGAGCAACAAAGUGAUGACAGUAUGGAUAAAACACUAGAUGUGUUUGUUUCCUACAGACGUAGCAAUGGAUCUCAACUAGCAAGUUUGCUUAAAGUUCAUUUACAACUAAGAGGUUUUUCUGUAUUUAUUGAUGUAGAACGACUUGAAGCUGGAAAAUUUGAUAACAAUUUACUACAAAGCAUUAAACAAGCCAAACAUUUUCUAUUAGUGCUAACGCCUCGAGCACUAGAAAGAUGUAUAGAAGAUCACGAAUGCAAGGAUUGGGUUCAUAGAGAAAUUGUAGCGGCAUUAAAUUCAAGUUGCAACAUUAUACCUAUUAUCGAUAAUUUUUGUUGGCCUGAACCCGAAAAACUACCUGAAGAUAUGAGAAAUGUUUGCUAUUUUAAUGGUGUACGAUGGAUACAUGAUUAUCAAGAUGCUUGCGUUGAUAAGCUUGAAAGAUUUAUGCGUGGAGAAUUAAAUAUUAGAAAUGUUGACACUCGGACUGGAUUAGGAAGAGGAAUUGAUUUGACCGCACCUUCAACACCCGGAACAGCUUCAUCGAUGAGAACUAAUCCUCCUAGCUAUCAAAGGAUGCAUAGCAAUGAUUCAAAUAAAGAUUUAAAAGAUGUCAAACCAAACACAAAGUAUUAUGCUGAUUGUAACACUUUAUCUGCAUCCAAUCCGCUUGAUAAACGUAGCCAUAGUUUGGAAGGCUUUUUAGACUCAUCGGAAAUUCAACAUUUUAAUGACUCAACAGAAAAUCUUGAUAACAAAACUGACGUUUCAACCGAAACGUCCUAUAAUAGACGAUCAAAAAGUUUAGAUGACUUAUUUAAUGACAAUUGCGUCAUAGACGAAACUAAAUCCAUUGCAUCAGAAAGUAAUUGUGAACAAGAAUUGCUUAUUGUAGACAAUUCUAUGAUUGAUGAUCAUGGAGUAAAUGAACAAAAUAAUUCAUUAAACCAGGACUUAAAUAUUUUGAAUGAAAAUAAUACAAAAAACUCAUUUCUUGAUAGAUAUUUCAAAAAGGUUAAAAAAUUAAUCAAAUAG